UGUCCUCCUAGCCUCACACACGGUCAGUGUGCACACAUGGCUAGAAGGCUGAAUUAAGGCUUGCCCACUGCAAGCUUUUAGAGCUAGCCCAGUCUAGCAACUCUUGAACCACGAGUGAGCUGCCUUUGGGAGGAGGAACAAGGUACUGGAGGAUGGCACGGGCACUCCAUCUCCAGAGGGCACCAGCCUCUCAAUCUGAACCAUUAUGCCACCAAGAAGAGCGUGGCAGAGAGCAUGUUGGAUGUGGCGCUCUUCAUGUCCAAUGCCACGCGGCUGAAAGUGGUGCUGGAGCAGGGGCCAUCCUCGCAGUACUACGCCACCCUCAUAGCCCUCAUCAGUGUCUCUCUGCUCCUGCAAGUUGUCAUUGGCAUUCUUCUCGUCGUCAUUGCCAGGCUGAACCUGAAUGAGGUAGGGAACCAAUGGCGUCUAAAUCAGCUCAGCAAUGCUGCCACGUCCUUGGUCUUCACUACUGUGGUCAUCAACAUUUUUAUCACCGCUUUCGGGGCACACAAGACAGGCUCCACGGCUGCCAGGACCUCCAGCAAUCCUGUUUAAUCCCUGCCUAGGUCCCAGGAACUGAGCCUGAAGGGCCUCAGCCUUUGGCCCUGACCUGUCGGGCUAACUAGCAUCUUCCACAGCCUCCAGGAGAGUUUCGGGGGCAGGGAAGAUGCCCCUGCUUCCUGCCUGCAGCGCCUGAACUGAGUUGUGCCGUUCUACCGGGUGAUGUGAUUGCAUCUUGGUCUGGAGGCCUGAGCUCAGCAUCUGCAGCGGCCACCCUGUCCUCCAGCACCAGUAACUGGGUCUGCUCAGGCAGUCCACACGGCCUGCAGACUCUGGUUCCACUGCAUUCCUCCCCUCUGCUCCAAGCCUCAAUUUUCCCUUCCCUAUCUAUAAAGAUGUCUGAAAAGCCACCAAAUUAGUCUUGCUGUCUCCAGUCAUGUGGGCUCUGAGCCAGGCUGGUGUGUGGAUGCCCUUGUCAUCUGUGCCCUGGAAGGGGCCUAUGCCAUCUGCACCUCACAAACAGGUGCUGGACUGAUGAACACACAGAGUUUUAAAGACUCCACUAUCAACCUACUGUACUUCCCACAUUAACGGUGUUUCUUAGAUGUCUUUUAAGAAUACAGAUUUUCAGCUGGUGAGAAAAUGCAAACUUUGAGUGAGCAAAGGCGUUUGCUGCCAAGCCUGAGAACCCCAUAUGGUAUGGGGUUGGGGAGAACCAACCACUGAAAGGCUGCCCUCUGGCCUGCCCCUGUAGCCUGCGUAUACCACACACACUCUAAAUGAAGAAGCUUAAUUUUAAUCUUUGUUUUAGUUUGGUUUUUUUUUUUGAG